AUGUCUUUGGUGUCAGAAGAAGACGUAGAUGCGGAAAAUGUGCAAGCAGCGAGACAGAUGUUGGCAGAACGAAUAUGGGCAUGGUGUUCAGAGAGGCACGCUGGGCAGACCCAGGCGCCGGGCGGUCCUCCGCUGCGCUGCCUCACGCAGCUUGAUUUGGCGACCUCAGGCCUAAGAGCGUUACCACCACCUCAGGUGUUGGGUGCGCUGCCCUGUUUACGCAUUUUGAAUCUUGGCCGUAACAAACUGAAAUGCCUAUGUGGAGGAUUGCUGCAAUGUAGUGGGCUUGAGGAAUUGUAUCUUGACGACAACUACUUAACCUCGAUUCGCGGGGAACUGAAAAAUUUGCACUGUCUGAGAGUGCUUUCUGCAAGCAGAAAUUCAAUCUUUAGCGCUGAAGUAGGGGCUCUUAGUAUCCUCCAAAUUAGCGAUUCAAUUGGAGCUUUAAUGCUAAUCCGAUUUUCACCUGUUUUAAAGGAAACUGUUAAUGAAUUAAAGCAAAUGCAUAGGAUAGAAGUGGUUGAUCUUCGACAAAAUCAUCUAUGCUGCGAUUCGACAUACGCCCUCUUAAUGUGGAGAACACUGCCGAAUCUCUCACUUCUUGAUGGACGUGGAAAAUUUCAGGACUCUGCUUCAUUUGCAGCAAUCAAACGAACCAGGAAACAGGCGAAAGGCGGCCCAAGGCGUCAAGCGAAAGAAAUGUCUGGAAAUGCACAUGUAAUCUUUAUGCAAUGGGCGGAUACAAAGGCAUUUUUCGUUUAUCAUAGGAAAAAGAAGCAGAGCUCAGAAGCCACAGUUUGUGAGCGAUUUCACCGAAGCCAGCUACGGAAAGUUUAUCUGUCAAAAUCCACUCAAACAGCCGUACAAGAAAAUACUGAAUGUCUGAUGCGUAAUAGUGUGACUCUGGAAACUCAUUCGGACUUAUGA